CUUUCUUUGAACCUUGUUUAAGCCCUAUUUUUUUAUUUUUUUAUUUAUUACUUCAAUGGUAGAUUUUCCUGCUUCACUAGUAAUGGAAGACAGCUUUCAGACAUGCGACUCACCUUCAGGCUCUUCUACAUCAGAACCACAUGACGAGACUCAUAAUACCACACAACCAUUAUCAUUUAUGGACCAAUCCUUUUUUCAUAAAUUAAGUCAACUGACAUCAGACAAUCCUUUAUUCUUUAUGCAACCACAAAGUAAUAACAGCACUAUUUCACCUGCUACGACAACGAUAUCCACAUCCCCAAAUACUGUCUUUAAUUCUGCUUUCGUUGACCCACUUUCACCAAAUAAUAAUAAUAAUAAUAACAAAAAUGAACCAGCAUCAUCAUCAUCCAAUUUUUGGCCAGAUUUCAAUCAUGCGAUUCCUGAUCUUGCAAAGAAUUAUACAAAUCAUAUUGCAGGAUAUUCUUUUAAUUCAAGAUCGCCUCAGAUGGAUACUCAUCAAAAUAAACCAUUGCCUGGAAUGCAAAUCAGAGUAUUGGGUGUGCCGCAGACGGGUGCCAAGUCUCGUGUGGAGACACAAAUAAAGUUAUGUAUUCAAUUAGUUACUGAUGAUGGAGACAAAGCUCAACAAUGGUCUCAUCUAAAGUUACCCGAACAUAUGGUCGCUAAAGAAAAACUAAAACGACAAAUCCUAUUAUCCACUGCGCCCAACGGUUCAAAGAUUGCAAAUAUUGCUGGCUUAGAUAAUUCAACGGUUCAUCCUGAAAAAAUGCUUUAUCUGUCAGCAAGAGUUAUUUGUGCCAGUGAUCCAUCUCGAAAAGUAGUUACUUGUCUUGGUUGCAUUCAAAGAGAGCGUAAACGUUCCCAAAGAAGAAAAGAAAACAAAAAGGUUGAUUCAGAGGAACAACAAAAGUUGGAUGACGAGAAAUCUAUAGCAAAUGAGGAACAAAAGAUCUUGUUGUUCAAUUGCUCAGAAGUAGUAGACUUUAGUUCAGGUGACACCAUACUUCCAACUAGAAUCACUUGUUACUGUCGACAUCACAAUGAACGAGUUGGAUUCUGUAUUUAUUUUGAAAUGAAUGAUCACACUGGCAAACAAGUUGCCACGGGUAUAUCGCCUCCAAUCAUGAUAACUGAUGAUCACAAGUCAAACAAGCUUAAAUCCGGUAGAAAAAGGCCUAGAACAGACAUGGACAGUUCAUCUUCUCAUUUUACAACUUCUUCCUUUGACUCGAGACAUAUCGGUAGCACCUCAUCAACACCUUCGGUUCUUCCCAGACAAUUUAAUAACCAUUAUCAGAUACAACCCCGCCCUUCUCCAGAACUGACUAAGAUAAAUGAGGUCUCUUCUUUCUUGUCACCCGAAGUGCUCGGUACAUCUCCCGAACGGCCUUUACUCCAACGUCUUAUUCCUAAUGAAGGACCAACCUAUGGUGGCAUCGAGGUCACUCUUCUCGGCUCAGGUUUUCGUUCAGGCUUGACUUGCAUGUUUGGAGAUGUAGCUGCUUCUAGUACACACUACUGGUCCCCGAAUACGCUUGUGUGUAUCUUGCCACCUGCUGCUGAUGUGGGUACUGUCGUCGUAUCCUUCAAAGAGUACCCGCUCGUGAUGGAUAGUCAAGAUGUUAUGCUGUUCACUUACUACAAUGAAAAUGACCGUGCUCUUAUGGAGCUCGCUCUUCAGGUUGUCGGCCUCAAGAUGACGGGCAAAGUAGAGAAUGCGAGAGAAAUUGCCAUGCGUAUCGUUCAAGGAGGAGCAAACAACAACGACAAUCAAACUCAAAACAACACAACGACUCAUGGUAAUCAGUCUCAGCAAACCAAUCUAGAACGCCACAUCAUGCAAGUGCUUGAAGUCAUGACUACCUUUCGUGAUGUGGACCCAGCUGAUGUUUCCAUCACCAGCGCCCAAGGCCAUACCAUGCUUCAUUUUGCUGCUAUGCUUGGAUUUGCACAGCUGUCCGAGAUGCUUAUCCAUCUUGGCUGUAACACUAAUAUAACAGAUAAAAACGGAUAUACUGCUUUACACUAUGCUGCAUGGCAUAAUCAUCAAAAUGUGGUUGCUGUCCUGUUAGAAAAGGGUUCGGCAGACCCAGAAAUAUCAAACAGAUGGAAUAAGAAACCUCUGCAGCUCACUGAUGAUCCGACAAUUCGUUAUAUGCUCUGGAACCAUACUCCUGCCGAUGACGAUUACUACUCUUCUGAUUCUGAAUACGGAUAUGAUUCAUCUGAUAUGCUGAGUGCAGACAUUGAUACCUCAUUUGAUGAAGACGAUGAGGAAGCCAGUGUCUGGUUAAGUGAUGCUGAUGUAGCAGAAGAUGAAACAAAGAAUGUCAAUUGGGAGCAAUAUAAUUAUUUAUCAGACUCUGAUGAUUCCUUGGACGAGCAACACGAACAACCGCAUCUGAUCACAGCAAGCUAUGGCGAAGGUCUACGGAACCGCAAGAGACGCACCACUCAGCAACCAUUCAUUCAGUACUUGAAAGAAAUAGAAACAGCAUCUCAUUCGCCUGAAGAGAUCAUGGACGCGGAACCACUUCAUGAUGUUGAUCCGCCUACUGAUUACGAAGAUGAAAAGAUUGUACCCAAAGAGAUGAGUUGGAUGCAGCGCACGCUCUCCCACUUUCAACCGGCGGCGCCCAAUGAUUUAUUACAAAACAUCAAAAACAAUAUCCCUGCCAAGCCUACUGAUCUUAAUCUCAAGAAUAUUGCAGAUCACAUCCUUCAAUUCCCUAGCCGACCUGCUUCCAUGAUGUCUGGCUUGUUUUCAAACAAUAAGACACAUCAACAAGAAGAACCAGAACAAACACUGGCUUGGUAUAUGGCACUGGCCUAUGCUAUGGGUGCUGGAAGUUUAGUAACAGAAGAUGAUAAAGAAGAUAAUCACAGCGUAGCUUCUUCAACGACAAACCAAGAAGAAUAUGCAGUAGCUGUAAGCAAACGACGAGACAGAAGACUCUACUCUUUCUGGGUGCCAAUGCUUUGCCUAAUGAUAAUAUGGCUUAUAUUCCAAUUCGUAUCUUCUCACCCAGGAUUAAUGGAUACAAUUAUUGGCAUAGCAGGUUUUAGAAGACAGUAUCUGACCAUACAUUAAAUUAUCUAGCAUACCCUUACGUUCUUUCUUUAUCAUUCACUACUUAUUUACUAUUAUUGUUAUUCCAAAGACAAAGAAAUAAUAUAUGGAGCAUUGUGUACUUAUCAUCUAUAAAUAACAACAGAUUACUACGGAUUUUUUGUCUUGUGUUCCUGGGUUCGUCUGUGACUGUAUAUGAAAAAGCCAC